AGGUUAGACCAUUUGACGGCCCUGACCAAUUUUCGGUGGAGUGAUGGCUGGAAUAAAAAAGGAAAUGUCGCGAGAAACAGAAAUUGCCACAGAUGAUUUAGACUCGUUAAUAGAAUAUUGCCCUGAAUCACCCGUAUGUGAAGAUGACUGUGCCUCCAAUAUAAAAAAUGCCUCACCUUUGCCACGUAUAAUUCUUGUAUGUGGUCUAUGCUAUCGCCAAUAUGACUUAGAGGAAGAUCUAAGGGGCCACAUGAUAGAAUAUCACAAAUGUGUGCCCAUAGAUAUAAAGAAAGAAACCCCCGAAAGGACUAAGCAGACAAGGGCCCAAGAAACGCAACAUGUAAUGAACAAGGAAACUCAAAUGCCUACAACUAACAACGACGUGGUACUGGAAGAGAACCCUCCAAAACCCAUGGAAAUGAAACCGGUGCCAUUUAAAGAUUUUCGUUUAAUACUGAGAAAACAAAUGACCCUAAAAUGCACUGCUACCCCUAGUUGUCUCUAUAAAUUCGAGACUGGGACACAACGGGAAAAACAUUUAAAUUGUCAUUUACAGAAUGCAAACACGUUUAAAUGCAGUAUAUGCUCCAUGUCUCUGGAUAAUUGGAGAAAAUGUUCGGCUCACCUAUGGAAAUCACAUCAAAUGGAUGUGGAUCUACUUAAAUGCCCUAUAUGCGAAUUUAAGUCUCAUGCUUCUGCUUUGGUAUGGCGCCACAUGAGAGUUCACAAGAAAUGGCGUCCACGUGUUUUGCGUUCCCUUAAGGCUGUGAAGGAGAAGCGUCUCAAACAAAUGCAAGAAGCUUCACUUCCCAGGGUGGAGGAAACUCCUAAAACCGUUGUGCGCAAAAACAAAUACUACUCCGAAAAGAUCUGUGAGAUAUGUGAGCGCAAAUUUGUGAAUGGAAAAACCCUAUCCAAACACAUAAAGACAGUGCACAAUAAGAUCAAACCGUUCAUAUGCAACGUAUGUGGCAAGAAAACAGCACGCAAGGCUAGUCUCAUAAUCCACAUGCGCCAGCAUACUGGUGAAAAACCAUUACAGUGUAAGUCCUGCAAAUUUUCCACACGUGAUCCAAGUGUUUUGCACAAACAUCAGAUGCGCCACAACAGGGAUGCUGUUAAAUUGAAAUGUUCGUUGUGCGAUUUUUCCUGCAUUCAAGCAAAUGCUUACAAACACCAUAUGCGUCUUAACCAUGUGGAGAGUUAUAAGAAAAUCGCAUGUGAUUUAUGCAGUUAUGUCACAGUCAAUGAGGACAAAUUGAAAGCUCACAAAGAAGAUCAUCGCAAGGGUUUGAUACGCAACAAUGAAGAGGCGAGCACAAGAAAAGUGCACAAAAGCAAUGAGGCCUCCACCGAUUGCUUUCUACCUUUGGAGAGCAUUGACUCAUUGCCACAUGAGCCAGCCGUUGACACUGGUGGUGUCACUAUACCUGCACCCACGGAGGAUUCACAAUUUCCCACCUAUUUCCAUACAAAUUAGAAAGAAAAGAAAAAAACACCCUAAGUAUAAUUGAUUUUCUAUUUAUUUGUUUUUUUUAUUUUAUUAUUUUUUUUUAAUCGGUUUUAUGAUAUGAUUUGCAACGCAAUUUUUUUUUAAUUUUAUCUUUUUUUGAUAAAUAUAUUAAGUUUUCUAGUUUAA